CGAUCAACUCCAGAGGCGAGGGCCUUCUGCGUCGCCAUGUCACCUACGCUCCGGCAGAGCAGCAGACGGCCCCUUCAGAGGAGUUGCCGGUUGACUAGAGCAUUCAAAAUACCCAAAGAGUUGAUUGCUUAUGGCGGGAACCCGGGACCGCUCCUCGCCAGAUUACCAACCGAGCUGCUCGUCCGGCUUUUCGCAGAAGCGGAACCCGUGGACGACAUUAUCCUGGCCUUCUCCUGCAAGGCGCUUCUCAGCGUUGCCGCCUUGUGUCAUCUGAAAGUGCCAGACCCGACACUGCACCGGAAAAGACGAAGCCUUUCGGCACCAAGGGACACAGGGGAGGUGAGUUGCUGUUUGUGUUUGCAUAUGUCAGACCUGCUCUGUCGUCUCCGGCCGCGAGACUCGAGACGCAGGAUUGACAGGACCUGGAAUCUGUGCGUGGACUGCUGCAGGUACCUGCCGACUCGCAGGGGGUACUGGGCAGCGCAGCUGGCUCAGAUUGACACGUCGGCAUGGAGCAGGGCCGAGGACAAGUCAUGGCAACUCUCAGUCAAGUGGUUUGCUGCCGGAAUCAAGGUACAGUGCCCUCGCUGCAGGCUGGUCGAGUACAUGGGGGAGGAGGAGUAGAAGGAAGCAAUGCGCGGCGGUGGGGAGGCAACGAGAGUCUCUUCUACGGCCUAUCGAGUCCUGCCAACUACGAUGCGCAGACGACUGUGGCGGCUCCCUCGCGUAACAAACAAUGGCGACGUUCAUAUUCAAACCGGGCAUCAGGGCCAAAGAGUGCGUGCCAAGAUGAGGAAGCGAGGACAGUGACUGACCAGGACUCGGAGAACCCGUGGGCCGGGUCCGGGAUCAUCGCCCCCCCUGUCGCGCCGGAGGAUUAUGCCGAGUUGCGGAGCGGCCCUCGGCCGGCAGAAGCCAGACGCGGCUGGGGGCUACCCUGGCAGGCAUGCCGUCC